UACGUAUUCAUUGUAAACGCCAAUAAAUAAGCUUAUCAUAUCGGAAUUUAGAGAAAAACUAUGUUGCAUAUUACAACAGUAGCAGCAAUUUUUGCACUUUUUAUGCAUUUCAUAGCAAGUUUUGCUUUGCAAUCACAAACAUUUAACAAAGAAACAGACACACGUAUAGUUGCAAGUGGAGCAUCAAUGGUGACAGCAAAAGUGGAAUUUGGAUUCGAUUGUGCUAUCAUGUGUAAUAAUGACAAUAGCUGCUGUUCCAGUAGCUUCGACAAAUACUCGAAACAAUGUCAGCUUUCUUGUUCAUGCAGUCCUGCAAUGGAACACCACAACGGAUCAUUUACAUUUAUAAAGACUCUGAAAUCAGUUUUCAGUAUUCCAAAAAAGGACUGUAGUGAAAUACCACGUGGAACAAAAAGUGGGGUGUAUUGUUUUCAGCCUGACAACGGUACUCAAAUAUCUGUGUUCUGUGAAAUGGACAUUGAUAAUGGCGGAUGGACUACAAUCCAGAGAAGAUAUGACGGCACUGUGGACUUCUAUCGGUAUUGGGAGGAUUACAAAUCUGGAUUCGGGAACAUAGAUGGUGAACAUUGGCUUGGAAAUGAUAAUUUGCAUUUCAUUUUACGACAAGGCUCAUACCAAGUCCGAUUUGACUUUGAAGACUUUACAGGGGAUACAUCGUAUGCUAUUUAUGAUACUAUAUAUGUUGGGGAUGAGAGUACAAACUACACACUAACUAUCACUGGUUACAAAGGAACAGCAGGUCAUGCAAUGAAUGAUUGGCAUCCAAAUGAAUUAGAUGGUAUGAUGUUUACCACACGUGACAUGGACAACGAUAUAAGUCCCAUUAACUGUGGCAUCAAAAAGGAAAGUGGCUGGUGGCAUGCAGCAUGUUCCUCCUCGAAUAUCAAUGGUGGUUAUGGAGAACUGUAUGAUAAAACCGCGAACAUAUAUUGGAAAACAUGGAAACCACAUGCACUUAAAAAGACAAGAAUGAUGAUCAAACCAAUUUAAACUGUCAAAAUUUUAAUAAUUGGUACUUAUAAAGUAAAUUUGAUAAAUCAAGCAUUUUUCGAAACAGAUUAUGUUCAGAUUUCAUUUGGAUAUGUUUGUAUUGGCUUUACA